AGGGCGCUAAUUGUAAGUAGUCGCCAUUUUUAUUUUAUUAACAACGUGGUUAGUUGUAUCUUUUUUGUGCUUUGGAUAAAGAUAAACAAAAUGCAAAACGAAGCCGGAGAACACGUUGAUUUAUAUAUUCCUCGUAAAUGCUCUGCAAGCAAUAGAAUUAUUCAUGCAAAAGAUUAUGCAUCUAUCCAGUUAAAUAUUGCUGAGGUUGAUGAAAAUACAGGCAGAGUUACAGGUACAAACAAAGCCUAUGCUAUAUGUGGAGCAAUUAGACGAAUGGGAGAAUCUGAUGAUUGCAUAAACAGAUUAGCUAAAAAAGAUGGUAUUUUACCUAAGUCAUUUUGAAUGGGUCAAAUGAAUCUUUGUAACCACAUAAUUGAACAUUUGUUAUAAUAAAAUGUUUGUGGUAUA